GUUCUUCUCGCCGAGCAUGCCUGAGACAGAGACGUGAUCGAGGUGGACAAUCGGAUGGCCCGGACGCGCGCACGAGAGCAAUAAUUGCGAACGUGGUCUGUGAUAGACAGCUCGAAAGUGUCACGCGCGUCGUCAGCCCAGUCUCUCGACGUGGACGAGACGAGAUGAAAUUUCGACGGUCGAGAAUUAUGGCAUGGGCGUCAUUGCGCCCAACACGUUUACGGCAUGAUAGGCGCACUUUUCAAGGCGCGAGACGAGGGCUCAGGCCUACGCCAUGGCCCGAGCGCGGAUCUCUUUCCGUUGAGCGCGGCUUCAAUUCGCGUCCCGUCCGCCACACCCAUUCGAGAGCGCGCAGAAGCAAGUGUCGCAAGAAUUGCAAGCCAAGCACCUUGACGCGUGAGCUUUCCAGAAGAUUCGGCGCGGUUGUUGCGGCUAGUGUCGUUGCGAAGAUUCUCUGACAGCCGCAUUUUUUCUGGUUGAAUUCUUGGUGUGUAAAGCCCCACAAUUGGCUCGUGCGACGCGUCGAA